AUGGCCUCUCAUCUCGUACUCCCUUUAGACAUUGCAGUCUACGCCCUUCUCUCGUCAUACUGUCUUUGUGGUGGCAUCAUGGAACAUGCCGCCAUUUUCCGAGGCUGGACGCGUGUACACGAACCACAGCAGCUCAAAGCGCUGCAGACCACGAGUGGCUUCGGCGCCCUCUUUACCUAUGUCGCACCAAAAACCACGCUUACCCUAUAUAACGCAUACCUGACAGCAAGCCACCCAUCCGCAGCCACAGAUAGUACUGUGUUCUACUGUCUAAACGCUGGUCUUUCCGCCCUUCUCGUGUCAUGGGCUUCAUCAGCCCUAGUCCAGGUGCCUCUACAAUUACGCAUACAGCAGGACGGCUCGCAAGCGUUAGUUCGGCAACUCAACCAGACAACAUGGGUGCGGACAUCGGCUAUCGUGCUACAUGGACUCAGCGUGUUUUGGAUGCUCGCUAGAGGGACCUGGCUACUAGAGCUCCCUCAAAUCUAUAGCGCCUAUCAGUGGGAUCUCUAUGGUAUUGAUAUUACGUCUGCCCUUUUCCCGGCAGAGCCUAGACUUCACCUGCGUGAGCACGACAUGCGAUCUCCUGUUCCUCCGGAUCCGGAGUGGGUGAAUAACUUUGACAUCAUCCACCAGCGGCUCUUACUAUGGGGGCUACGAGCUUCAGAUUGGCCGACAGUUCUCCAGAAUCAUUAUUCACUACUAAAGCCCGGAGGUUGGAUUCAAUUAGUCGAGGGCGAGUGGGUUGAUGAGGACCCGGCCUUCGAGCCCCAAAAAUAUCCUAACAUUGCCAAGCUGUCUCAAAUGAUUGAGUGGGUAACAUGGAAGGGUGGAAUGGAUAUCAACACCGGAUACUAUUUAGAAGAUAUGCUGCGCAAAGCUGGGUUUGUGGGUAUAUCAAAGACGCAGAUAAGUUUAGGUUAUGGGGCGAAGGCAAGGGAAAAUAGCUGGAAACAGAGAUCCGCCCAUCUUUGGGCUGAAGAGUUUGGCAAUAUGCGGUCGAGAUUCCCUAUUGGAGGUAUUGAUGGUAUCGCUCGAGAUCUUGUAGAGUUCGACAGGAUUUUGAGCAGACUCGGCCCUGAGCUCCUUGCAUAUGGCUAUGCGCCAACGCUGAAUUUUGUAAUUGGACAAAAGCCACUACCCAUCCAGGGUUGA